AUGGCAGGCCCAGACAAGAAAAAGAAGGGCAGCAAGUCCAAAGCCGAAAAAGGCCCAGUGAUCACUGAUUCUCGUUUCGAGAACAUCCAGACCGAUCCUCGCUACCGCCUUCCCAGCAAACGCCAGACUCAUGUCAAGCUCGAUAAGCGCUUCAAGCACAUGCUUGACGAUAAGGACUUUUCUCGCAAUGCUGCUGUCGACCGCUACGGAAGAAAGCUCUCCAAAGAUGACACCAAGGAAAAGUUGAAGAAGUUCUACCAAGUGGAUGAAGACGACGAGGAAGACGAAGACGACGAGGCCGACGAUGAUGAAGAAGUCAAGAAGGAACUGAAACGCGUCAACGCCAGCUCUUAUGACCCUGCCCGUGAUGGUGGCUUCGAGUCUUCUUCCUCUGAGGAAAGCUCCAGUGAAGAGGAGGAAGACGAGGCGGAGGAUGAUGAGGACGAAGCGGCACAGUUCCCCGACAAGCAGCAGUCUGAUGUACCAAUCGGAGAAGUGACAAAUCGCAUAGCUGUGGUCAAUCUUGAUUGGGACAACAUCCGCGCAGAGGACUUGAUGACUGUCGUCUCCAGUUUUCUGCCACCCAGUGGACGAGUGUUGAACGUCACAGUCUAUCCCAGCGAAUUCGGCAGGGAGCGCAUGGAGCGGGAAGAAGCAGAAGGUCCCCCACGGGAGAUCUUCGCAAGCAGCAAGAAGAACAAGAGCAAGCACGAUGGCUCAGAGGAUGAGGAGCUUGACUCUGACGAGGAAGAGGAAGAGAUCAAAAACUCGAUAUUGAAGGGUGAUGAUGGUGAAGAGUUCAACUCUACGCAACUCCGACGGUACCAGCUUGACCGUCUGCGUUAUUACUACGCCAUCGUCCAAUUUUCAUCAAAGGACGUCGCCAAGCACGUUUACGAUCUAAUUGAUGGUGCCGAAUACCUCUCCAGUGCCAAUUUCUUCGAUCUUCGAUUUGUCCCCGAUGAGACGGACUUCUCUGACGACAAGCCUCGAGACGAGUGUUCUCGCAUCCCUGACGACUAUAAGCCCACUGAGUUUGUUACCGAUGCUCUGCAGCACAGCAAAGUCAAGUUGACAUGGGACGCGGACGACAAGUCAAGGAAGGAAGCCCAAGCUCGUGCGUUCCGCGGCUCGCGCGCAGACAUUGAUGAGAACGAUCUGAAGGCCUACCUCGGCAGCGAUAGUUCAGAUGACGAGAGCGAGGAUGACGAAGAUGGAGGAGUGGAAGUCGUCGACACUACAGGAGGGGAGCCAUCGACCACAAAGCUGUCCAAGAAAGAAGCCGAAAGACAGCGCAUGCGGGCAUUGCUUGGAUUGAGCGCCGAGCCUACCCGCUCUAAGCAGGACGCCCCUGUCGGUGAGAUGGAGGUCACAUUCACAUCAGGCUUGGCUGGCGGUCGCGGCAAGGACAGCAUUUUCGAGAAUGAGCCAGAGAUCGAAGAGACCACAGUUGAAAAAUACGUGCGCAAAGAGCGCGAGCGCAAGAAGCGCCGCAAGGAGAAGCUCAAGGCCUCUAAGCGUGGUGAGGAGGAUGGAUCUGGCAAAGAGGAUGGCGCAGACAGCGCGGACGAAGCUGGCACAGCCGAGGUACCGCCGCAGGAUGAGGAAGAUGCUGGAUUCAACGAUCCCUUCUUUGAGGACCCCGAUGGCAAGGCCACAGCUAUCUCUCGGCGCAAGGAAGAAAAGCGGAAGAAGCGCGAGGAACGUGCUGCCGAGGAAGCUGCAUCGGCUGCUCAGCGGGCUGAGCUGGAGCUGCUGAUGGUGGACGAUGAAAAGGCCAACAUCAAGCACUUUGACAUGAACGAGAUUGAGAAGGCCGAGAAGCAAGCCCGCAAGAAGGGCAAGGGCAAGAAGAACAAGAAGCUGGAACCCGCCCCCACGGAUGACUUCAAUGUCAACGUCAGCGAUCCUCGUUUCUCCCGUUUGUACGACAGCCACGACUUUGCCAUUGACCCUACCAACCCCCGAUUCAAGUCAACAUCCGGCAUGAAGGCUCUUCUGGACGAAGGACGCAAGCGCCGACGCACUGGUGAUGACGCAGAAACCGAGGCACCGGUAGAACGUCGGGAAAGCAAGAAGAAGCAGAAGAAGACCUCCAAGGAAUCCAACUCUGAGGAAUUGAAGCGUCUGGUGGACAAGGUCAAACGUUCUCACUAA